GGGAUCGAUGGAUAUGAGCAGUUCAGAAAUAUAGGGCGUUCGUAGUUGGAUGGAACGCCGCUCCCCGUCAGGCCGCUAAUUUUAACGACUCCCCGUGUUUCCCCCACUCGCGUCAAGAAACGUCCACGACGAUCGAUCUUCUUCUUCUCCGCGGCUCCUCGAUCGAUCCAUGGAGCGCCUGCUUGGGCUGCUCAAGGUGAAGGUGGUCAGCGGGGUGAACCUGGCCAUCUGCGACCCCCUCGCCCACAGCAGCGACCCCUACGUCGUCAUCCGCCUCGGACAGCAGAAAGUGAAGUCCGGUAUCAAAUAUAAAUUCACCAACCCGGAAUGGAACGAGGAGCUCACCCUGUCCAUCACAAACUGGACGCUCCCGGUUAAGAUUGAAGUCUUUGACCAUGAUACUUUCACCAAGGAUGACAGCAUGGGCGAUGCAGAGUUCAGCAUCCUCGACUUCGUCGAGAUCGCCAACAAGGACCUCAGCCACGUCCCUGACGACACCGUGAUGAAGACGAUCCACCCUGACAAGGACAACUGCUUCUCCACCGAGAGCCACAUCAGAUGGAAAGACGACAAGGUCUCUCAGAACAUUGUCCUCAAGCUGAGGAACACCGACACCGGCGAGAUCAUCCUGCACCUGGAGUGGGUUAACAUCCCAGGCACGGCGCGGUGAUCCGCAGUGGCCAACCAUGGUGGUCUGGCUGCUUUCUGUGACUGGAAUGUUUGCUUCCUCUGUGAACUAUGAAAAUAAGCAACGUCCUGGUGAGAUCCACAGAUCA